AUGUUUAUGGGUCUAUGGACCUCAUUUUUGUUUUCUAUAUUCUCUUUGCUCGUAUAUCCCUCUUGGGUCUCAUCACGCUACUUGCAUAGGGAAUGUGACUCUAAGGAUGAUUUGGGAUACUUCUCCAUAAGAGACUGCUUUUAUAUUGAAAAUAAAGCAGCAUCCGUUAUUUUAACAUCAGGACAUUUUAGUGAGGAUCACAAUCUCGGUGCCAUCAUCGCAGUCGAAAGGUCUACAAACAAGAAAAUUUUUAACGCGUCUUCGCUCAUAUGGUACCUUUCUCCAAAAACAGGCCAAUUAUUCAAUUUAUGGGAGGAUAUGUUUCGGAUGGAGCCCUUUUCUCAAGGUCCACACCCACGAUAUAUUUGUCUGCGGCCAAGAACGCUAGAACACGAAGAGCGAUCUUCUUGGGUUAUCGAAGAAGAUCCAAUCGCAACAGAAAGUGAUUCUAAACUGUUGGUGAGACACGAGGCAUCUGGUCGUAUAUUAACAUUUAAUGGAGUAAAUCGCUCAGUUUCUCUUGAACCACACAGAGAAUUCAUCGGCAAGGGUGGUCUUUCUGCUGUUGCCCACACUUGCGAGCCAUUUCGCCUUAAACAUGCAUCUUCUUUUUACCAAAAGCCUAUGGAAGAUUCUCUAACCACGUAUAGAUCUUCAAUCACCGAUCAGCGAUGGAGUUUUGUGCCAUUUGCCGAAUCUCUCUUUAUGAUCAUAACACAAAGAAAGAAUAACAGCUAUUUGGCGAUCUCUGACAGUCAUACUACUAUCAAUGGUACAAGAAGAGUGACGACAGCAGCGCUAGAUAUUGAUGAUCCGCGGCAAAUUUGGUUCACUGAAUUUACAUCCCAAAUGGGUGAUAGUGAAGUGAUAAGGAACUUGGCGACCGGACAGAUCCUCGACGCAGCAAUUAAUGAUAAUGAAGAGAAUUCGGAUCCUUUUUUCGACUUGCCAUCUCGAAACGACUUUCUCGGUAAUGAUGAUGAAGAGGAAGAAGAGGAAGAAGAAGCAGAGUCCUAUAAAAAAGAUUCUAUAUACCUCGUCACUUGCCCUUUUUUUCGCUCCUGCAAAAAUUACAGUGAAUAUCCAUUCUGGAAUUUUGAUUUUUUCCUGAAACGAUUUUCCAUCCAUCUACCAGAUCUUGUGAAAAGACAAUCAGAGCAAAGAAACCCAUCCGUCACGUUCUCCAGUGGUCGACUUGUACAAAAAAAGAGCAAGGAAAAACGCAUGGCCGAUGCACUUUCGUUUAUGGAUCCAAACAGCAAAGAGACAUGCAUAUCUCUGCGUCUCCAUAAGGAUAUCUCCAACUUUGCCAUUUCAUUAAAGCAAGAGGAGGGGAAUGCGUUAAUGCUGGAGCAUGUUAUUGACAAAUAUUUGCCAGAUGGUACUAUCGAUAAAGCCAAAAUUCCCUCACGCCAGUACUGGGUGCGCUUGCCUCUAAAUGAAGCGGACGACCCUAUGGCCUUAGCUGCUCUCACCAGUGGAAAAAUGAACUAA